UGCCGGGCUCAUUUACUGUGACAAACUUCACACCGACUCUCGGCUCUCUCAGACCCGGACAUGGAUGCCCUCAGGUCGGCCGGCAGAGCCAUCAUCCGCAGCCCGAGUUUGGCCAAACAGUCGUGGACUUCAGGCAGACACAGAAAGCUUCCAGAGAACUGGACGGACACGCGCGAGACCAUCGUAGAGGGCAUGACCUUUAACCUCCGUUACUUUGGCAUGACACUGGUGGAUCAGCCCAAGGGGGAGGAGCUAUCGGCUGCCGCUGUGAAAAGGAUUGUCGCCACGGCUAAAGCCAGUGGGAAGAAGCCUCAGAAGGUUGCUCUCAAAGUGUCCCCUCAGGGAAUAAUGGUGUACGACAGCCUGACGAAUAAACUCCAGGAAAAUGUCUCCAUAUACAGAAUAUCCUACUGCACCGUGGACAAACUGCACGACAAAGUGUUUGCUUACAUCGCUCAGAACACCCUCAACGGGACCUUGGAGUGCCACGCCUACCUCUGCACCAAGAGGAAAGUGGCUCAGGCAGUGGCUUUGACUGUGGCCCAGGCCUUCACCGUUGCUUUUGAACUCUGGCAAGUGGCCAAAGAAGAGAAAGGGAGAAGAGUGAAGUCCGGUUCAGCCGGAGACACCAGCAGCAGUUCUCACUCGGAGAGAUCGGACAGCUUGGGGAGUCUGAAGGGAACGGAUGUUGCCACAGACAACCUCCUGGACUUUGAGGACAGUGUGAAUGUGACGGUGGAGACCAACGGGAACAUGGAAGCGGAUCAGUUGGACAACCGUAGGCCUCCUGAGACCAAUGACAACCCAGGCUGGGAAACAGAAGAUGGUUUGGAUGAAGCUUUCUCCAGACUGGCAGUGUCGCGUACUAACCCCCAGGUCUUGGACGUUGGGCUGACGCCGCACGACUGGCUCGCCGAACCCGACUGUGACGGCACCGACGGAAACACUCCGCGCUGCCUCAGCCCGUUCACCGAUGACAUCUUCAGCUUCUGACCACCAACAACACAGACAGACAGACAGACAGACAGACAGCAACAACCUAUGAAUUUAACAUAUUUAAAAUGAGGAUUAAGCGUCAAGUCAAAAGAGAAACUUCACCUACUUGUUGCCUUCUUGUCUUCGUUUGUGCUGCGACUGCACACCAAAGCAAUAAUCCCGUCUUUUAAAGUUACUCAUGUUCAAACACUGUAAACACAAAGUCCACUUCUUUCUUUCUUUUUGUCCAUUAGUUGUCCUUUUGUAACAUUUCAGUGUCAUCGUAAUCAAAGAGUUUUGUAUACUGUUUAGCUCUAAUUUAUAGUUUUGUAAAAAACAAACUUUGUAUAUGGAUGAAGAAAAAAGAUGAUUAAAUUCGGACUGAGGCACAAACAAUAGCAGCGGCACAAUCGGCUGUGCCACGUUUUUAACUUCAACAUCAGUGGCUUUAGUUUUUUUACUCGUCUUUUGCGUUCAUGUAAAAUCUACAAGUUCACAAGUUUGUCGCAGGCGUUCAUUUUUCUUUAAUGAAUCUGCAGUGUGACAGAGUUGUCUUGAACAACGCCCAGGAGUGUACAUUAGAAAAUACAAAAUUUGCAUUGUAAAGAAUUAAAA